GUUGCCUUCUCUUCUCUCACACACAACACACAACACACACACUUGCAAAACCCUAAAGAAAUCACAGGCACAAAGCAAAGCAAAGCAAUUACACAGAAAAGUUAGAAAGCAUGACUGUUGAGGUUAAAGCUGAGACGGUGCAAGUGGCUGAGGAGCCUUCGAAGGCGGUGGCGGAAGUGGCGGAGACGGCGGCGGAAGAAGAAGUGAAGUGUGAGAAAUCAGAUGAUGAAUCCAAGGUUGUGGAGAAAAGUUCUUCCUACAGAGAAGAGAGCAAUUGCCUCUCCGAUCUGAAAGAGCACGAGAAGAAAGCGUUAAACGAUCUGAAAACCAAGCUUGAAGAAGCCAUUCUCGGAAACACGCUUUUCCAGAAAAAGGAUGCCCCCAAAAAGCCAUCUUCUGAAGAGAUCAAGAAAGCCGCCAUUGAAGAAGAAGAGUGCGAGAAGGAAGCAGAGAAGCCGUCUUGUGAAGAGAUCAAGGUAGAGGAGGAGAAAGCCGCCGUUGAAGAAGAGUGCGAAAAGGAAGCAGAAAAACCAGAAGAAUGCAAAGAAGAGACGAAAGCUGACGUGGCAGCCGAAGAAACUGUUGAAGUUGUUGAUAAAGAUAUAUCAAUUUGGGGGGUGCCCCUUUUGCCUAGCAAAGGAAACGAGGGUACUAAUGUUGUGCUCUUGAAGUUUCUGAGGGCAAGGGAGUUCAAAGUAAAUGAUGCCUAUCAGAUGCUCGAGAAAACGCUCCAAUGGAGGAAAGAAUUCGGAACCGAUUCGAUCCUGGGCGAAGAAUUCGGGACGGAACUCGACUCGGUUGCGUACAUGAGCGGCACUGAUAGAGAGGGCCACCCCAUUUGCUACAACAUAUUUGGAGUUUUGGACAAUGAAGAGAUGUACGAGAAAACAGUUGCGACAGAGGAGAAGAGAGAGCAGUUCUUGAGGUGGAGGGUUCAGCUUAUGGAGAAAGGCGUUCUGGAAGUCGAUUUCAAGCCGGAUGGCAUCAACUCGCUUGUCCAAGUAAAUGAUCUCAAGAAUUCGAAAGGCCCGUCGAAGAAGGAAGUUCGGGCCGCGGUCAACAAAGCUGUCGCACUUCUCCAGGACAAUUAUCCUGAAUUCGUCGCGAAAAACAUAUUCAUAAAUGUACCAUUCUGGUAUUUUGCAUUUCACUCCAUAUUAUCUCCUUUCUUGACUCAAAGAACCAGAAGCAAGCUCGUCUUCGCUCGCCCAUCCAAAGUUACCGAGACUCUGCUCAAGUAUAUUCCUAUCCAAGAGAUCCCAAUAAAGUAUGGCGGAAUCAAGAGAGAGAACGAGUUCGACUUCUCAGUUACUGACGGUGAAGCUACAGAGGUCGUGAUCAAGCCUGGAAAAACCGAAACCAUUGAAAUCCCAACACCAGAGAGUGGAACAACGUUCAUAUGGGACGUAGUAGUAGUGGGGUGGGAAGUGAAUUACACAGAGGAAUUUGUGCCGGCGGACGAGAGUUCGUAUACGAUGAUUAUUCAGAAAGAAAAGAAGAUGUCGGCAGAUGAAGAGGCAGUUCGCAAGGUAUUCAAGAACAAUGAAGCAGGCAAAAUUGUCCUAACUGUACACAACUGCUCUAGCAAGAAGAAGAAGCUCUUCUAUCGGUACAAGGUCAAGAAGGCUUCUUUCUGAUGAUGAUUUCAGUUUUCCAGACAUGGUGAUUUUCAAGAUUCUUUUAUUCCAUUGAUAUUCUUUUUUGGCUUCCAAUUCUUUUGUUCAUUAUUGUUUUGGAUUGUAUCUUUAUUUUAUUUCUUUUACCCUUAAAAUUGGGAUUAUUUUACAUUUUUUGAGAUUGUUGGAUUAUUAAUGUUCAAUAUACCUGUUUCUUUGA